AUGCAACAUCCGGUUUUUCCAACUUUGGUGAGUUCUAGCUCUGAAAAAAAUUUUUUAGAUAAAAUUUUCAGCAAAAAUGUCAAGAAGAAUGCGGUUCCCUAGUAUCUGGGUGUAUAAUUUCAAUCGACGCGAAUUUUGAAUGCGCUCUAAAUCUCUACAUAUUUUUUCUCGUCAUUUUUCUCGCGAUUUUCACUGGACUUUUGAUUCCGAUCUCUUGCCUGAUUUGUUGGAUCAAUGGGUUUUUUGAUAAAUCGUCGAAAAAACGGAGAUCGAUAUUUUUGAAGAAUCGAGGAUUUCGAAGGGCUGGAACUAUUGGGAAUGAUGAGGAGAGGGAUAGUUUGUAUCCAUCUUCGCCGCCGAAUCAAAGUGAGUUUGUGGCCGAGUGGGUAACACGCACGUCUUUCAAAUUAUGGGUCACGGGUUCGAACCCCCUUCGAGGCAAACUUUUUUUUCUUUUUUUCCCUCACAUUAUAAUAAUCUUCGGUCUCAAAUGUCUCAUGAAAAAUGGUCUACUUAUUCAUAAAUACAUUCCAUUCCAUCCAAAAAAAAUAGAUAUAAUUAUACCCAAGAGAGAAGGAUUUUUUCUUGAAAAAGACCAAAAACGACGUCGACAUUUGUAGUUUCGUCUGGGGAUUUCUUGGACCAAAACUCACUAAUUAAAAAUUUCACUGAAAUUCUAGUUUUCUAGUUCUAGUUCUAGUUUCAUAUAUCAAACAUUUGCGGGCUAGAAAAAACAAUAACGCGUGGCCGAGUGGUUAGCACACUCGCCGUAAAUUCACAAGGUCAUGGGUUCGAUCCCGCUCCGAGGCAAACAAUUUUUUUUCAAAUGACAAAAAAAGUUGUUUAUCUUUGAGAAAAAAUUGGAAAUUUCUUGUUUUUCACACCGAAACUUAUAUAAAAUUCACUUCCUUUCACUCUUCGAUCUCAAGUUUUUUGUUGUGUUUUUUUUCUUCAAGUGAGAGCAAGAAGAACUAAAACAAAAAGUGCUCUUUUUUGCCCCCAAAAAAACGCUGGAAUAAUUUAUGGGUCCUUUUGUUGUUUUUCCGCUUGCCAAGGCGGAAACCGGCAAAUUAUUACACUAAUUAAAAUGAAUUCAAUUUUUCAGCCGAAAACACUUCACAAAAUCAAAAACGACAUUUGUCAACGUUCUCAUUGCCGGCUCAGGAAACGGUGGUUACGAUGAACUUGGACGAUGUGGAGACGCAGAGAAGGUGUCGGAAGAUUACGUUUGAUUUGAGUAUGACGCAACAACAUCAUCGACGGGUUGAUGAAUUUUCACAAUUGUAA